AUGACUCCGGAUUCCCGGGUAUUAAACAUAACACAAGCUCCAGAACUUUGGGAGGUCAUUAUAAUCUCCGACCCAGGAAACAAUGGAACUACAGGAGAACCAUGGCGACAGCGCUGCAAUGCAAUCACAUCUCAUCAACAUCCUGUCUAUCUUGGUCACAGUAAUGAGAUACCCACAAGUAGCAUGGACGACGAACUCGCUCUGCUUCGACUUUACAUUAAGGAGGCGUCUGUGGCCAGCAGUUUUGAGAACAGCCUCAACCUCGUGCUGGACGGAAUUGACAGGCAAUUCGCAACUGCUGCAAUUAUUCGUUCGGACUGGGCACACAUGAAAGGAGAGCCUCUACUCAACUUCAGUCCACCUCAGGAACAAGUAAUCGUACUGAAUCGAAUCGAAUCCUGA